AUGGUCGGGUCGGCACAAAUCGCAAAGAGCCUCAGGAACCGCAAGCGGAGAGGCUUGCCCUCCAGCCAGGGGUCCAACCAAAACUGGGUCCCAGACCCAUUGUCAACCGAGAAACGAGUGAUCAGCAUUACCAGGGCCGUGCUGAACAGGGCGAUCCACUUCGCCGAGUCGGCCAUCGCAAAGGAGGCAGCUCUCCACCUCGGCAUCCAGCGCGAUCAGACCUUCAUCGCCGACGAGCUCGAGAUGAUGCAGGGCUUCCUAAUGGCCGCGCACGACGACCGUGACAGCCACAACAGGGUGGUGAAGAUCUGGGUGAAGCAAGUCCGCGACGUUGCCUACGACGUCGAGGACUGCCUCCAGGACUUUGCUGUCCGUGUGACGGUGAGGAGGUCCUGGUGGCGUUCCCCUCGCAAGCUGCUGCACCGGUGGCACGUGGCCAAGAAGAUGAAGGAGCUCAGAGCCAGGGUUGAGGAUGUCAGCCAGAGGAACCUGCGCUACCACCUCAUCAAGGCAUCCAAGCCAAUCUCCGCUGAUGAGCAGUCGUUGGCCGUCGCUAGUGCAACCAUGUCUGACAUUGACGAAGUAAGGCGGCAACAUGAAAAGGCAAAAGUGGGUCUCAUUUGGCUCAUCAGCAAGAAGGACAAUGACCUUAGAGUCAUUGCGGUGUCAGAGACAAAUGCUAUCGGUCUUGGAGAAACCUCCAUCGUCAAAAGAGCCUACGAAGAUCUCAAGAUACACAAGAAAUUCGAGUGUUUUGCCUGGAUAAGCGCGAAUGGCGACUACUCCACCAAUUCUGCCUACCUGGCCACCUUCCACGGCUCCAUCCAUUGUUAG